ACGAGGUGGAGGCAGGUCUCAUGUCAAGGGAAACCAGUCCCAAAACCACGAGACAGGUGGCUGCAGAGACACCUGGAGGGCUGAGAGCGCUCAGGUGGUCCACUGCCUGGAGGAAGAGGCUGAGACUGAGGAGCGUUUUUGUACAAGCAGAGCGGCGUUUGUGGCUUUAUGAAGCUGAGCAAACCUCGUCCUUCUUCUUAAAGGGUUUCGAGAGGGUUCGCACAGAGCACGCUCAGUGGAAAACCAACCAGAAGCUUCUGAACAACACAGUCAUGAUGUCGCCAGAUGACCGAGCCCUCGACGACCUGUUGUACGGCAGCGACCUUGGUGACGCGGUGGAGGGGGCGGAGCUGGGCGGCGGCGCAGAGGAGAGCGCUGCUGCAAAUAACUCUCAGUCUCCAACAGCUGUGUCCAUCCAAGAGCCAAUGACGUGUGCCGGAUGUGGCGAGCAGGUGCUCGACCGCUUCUUCCUAUUGGCUGCGGGGAGGGUGUGGCACAACCCCUGUCUGCGCUGCAGCCAGUGUCAGUGCGAGCUGCAGACGCACCCGUCGCUGUACUGGAGGGACGGAAACAUCUACUGCCAGCAGGACUACUGCAGGAUGUUUGGAGGGGGUCAGUGUGCUCGCUGCUUCCAGCCAAUCCCAGCUUCUGAUUUGGUCAUGAGGUCUGGUGAGCUGACUUUCCAUCCUCACUGCUUCUCCUGCCAGGAGUGUGACGUGAAAUUAAUGCCGGGGAACUUGUACUGCAUGCAGGGCGCCAACCUCUACUGUCAGUCUCAUUAUCAGAGUGACGGGGGCGUGCAGUCCCCCCCUGACCUGCAGCCCAAACACCAUCUAGAUGCCCAGGUCUCAGGUGAGGGGGAGGAGUCUGUGAGCAGUCCGGAGCCACGAUCGGACGACAGGGCGGCAGGUGGGCGGAUCCCCAGGAGGACCAAGCGAAUCAGGACGUGCUUCCGCAGCGAGCAGCUCAGAGCGUUGGAGUCAUACUUUGCCCAGAAACACAACCCCGACGGUAAAGACUGGACCUGCCUCGCACACAAGACCGGCCUGCCCAAGAGAGUCCUGCAGGUGUGGUUUCAGAACGCUCGGGCCAAACUCCGCCGUUCCCUUCUCUCCGAUGACUCUCAGGUCAACUCGCCCUCUGCUCCUCCGAGAGCUGCCGCCAUGGCAACCAGUCCCUCAUCCCCGACCUGCUCCCGCCGGACCGGUCGCAGCCUUUUCCCACCAGCACCAUCAACCAGCUGCAGCUGUCCCUGCUCACCUCCCCGCUCAGCGAGCAGGUCAUCAGCCACCCCUCCCAGGAGCUGCUGCAAAGCCCCAACUUCUUCCCAGACUACGACUCCCAGAGUGCACCGGGGUGCAUGUCCACCCUGGAGGUCCACGGCGACUUUGGGGAGGCAGGAGGUGGAGAAGUUAACGCUGAUGCUUUUGGUCCACAUUACUGUUAGUCAGUGAAAACACGGUAAACACUUAAAUGCUCAGCAGGUAGACGGAGUUCAAACUGUGACGAGCUGUUGGAUUUGUGAGGUUGAUAAUAAAUAUAUUG